UACGAGUACGAUGUAAUAUUUGGAUAUUGAUGCUAAAAAUAGCAUUGUAAAAUUUUACUUUCGUUUUUACUCACGAAGGUGUUUUGAUCCAUUCUUUCAUGGGGCAUUUUGUGAAAAGUGAUGAAUAUUGUGGUGUGAGUUGUCCUGAUUGAUAAACAAAACAUGAAUUAUGAAGAACCUGGAAGUGACACACAGUGAAUUGUCAGGAGUGAAAUGUCUGGGUUAGAGGAGAAACCAAGAAAGGUGAUGUCUGGUUUGGAGGAGAGACAGCGCCCAGUGUCGGGCUCCUCAGGAACAAUGCUCAUAGCUGCCAUGGACUUUGGAACUACUUAUUCAGGAUAUGCCUUUAAGUUUCCCCUCGACUCCCCAAAGUAUAUUUACAUCAAAUCCUGGAAUGAAGAAGCGGGUAGCAGCUGCUUGCCUUCGGAAAAGGCCCCCUCAUGUGUUCUUUUGAGAGCUAAUGGAGAAUUUAAGUCAUUUGGUUAUAAGGCUGAAAAAGAAUACAACGAAAUCUCAAGUGAAGGUCAAAUGGAGGAAUGGCAUUUUUUCAAGCAUUUCAAAAUGAUUUUGCACAAUGAAGAAAACCUUAGUAGCGAAACAAUGCUCAAAGAUUCUCGAGGAUAUGAAAUGCCAGCGAAACUUGUUUUCACACAUUGUAUCAGAUUUAUGAAAGAAGACUUACUGAAGAUGGUGAAAAAGAAGAAAUUAGAGGCUGCUUAUACAGUGAAUGACAUCAGAUGGGUGUUAACAGUACCUGCCAUCUGGGAGGAACCUGCGAAAAAGUUCAUGAGAGAAGCUGCAGAGGAUGCUGGUAUCAAGGGUGAUAAUUUACUGCUGGCAUUGGAGCCAGAAGCUGCAUCCAUUUACAUGAAAGAGAUAAAUGUGGAGGUUCAGAAAGACAUGAAUGAGUCUCGACUGUCUGCCUUCUCCCCAGGGACUAAGUACAUGAUUGUUGACCUGGGAGGUGGAACUGUAGAUGUGACAGUUCGUGAAGUUCUAGGAGACAGAUCUCUGAAGGAAAUCACAAAGGCUAGUGGUGGGGCCUGGGGAGGACUGAAAGUUAAUGACCAGUUCUAUCAGUACAUAAAGGAACUUGUGGGUGAUAAAAUCAUGGACAAGUUUAUAGAGAAGCAUCCAUCAGCUCAUCUAGAACUUGAACGGGAAAUUGAGCAGAAGAAGAGGAACUUGCAAGGUGACAAGGAUAGAAAAAUUGCAAUAAAUCUACCUGGCGAACUAUUAGAGAUGUUUGAGAAAAGAAAUGGGAAAAGUAUGAUGGACUUUGUUCAGUCAUCUGGUCGUUACAAGGACAAGGUCAAAAUGAAGUACGAGAGGUUGUGGUUUGACCUGUCAGUCACGUUUUCAAUGUUUAAGCCGGCAGUGGACAGUAUUCUGUAUCACAUUGGGGAUUUGCUUUCAUAUCCAAUCACUCAGGGUUUACAAAACAUAAUGCUUGUUGGUGGGUUUUCAGAUUCCAAAAUUAUUGAGAAGACAGUAAAAGAAAAGUUUAAAGAUUAUAGAGUUGUCAUUCCCCAAGAUGCGGGUCUGGCUGUUCUGAAGGGUGCUGUUUUGUUUGGGCAGAACCCACUUGUUGUAUCAGAAAGAGUUAGUCGAUUUACAUAUGGUACUAAACAGUUUCGAUACUUCUUAGAGAGCGAUCCUCUGGAACUCAGGAAGGAGAUAGAAGGUGUGCCUUAUUGCAAAAAUGUUUUUAACAUCUUGGCCAAAAGUGGAGAAACAUUCCGGGUAGGUCAAAAGGUCACUACAGAAGUGUCACCCAUAACUCCAGAAAUGACACAAAUGCCAGUUAUCUUCUACCAGUCACACAAUUCUGUCCAAAAAUAUGUGGACGAAAAUUGUAGAGAAAUUGGAGUUUUAUUAGUUGAUAUGCCUGACACAACGGGUGGUCUUGAUCGAAUAGUGGAUGUGUCCUUGACAUUUGGCGACACAGAACUACAUGUGACUGGAACUGACAGGUCCUCUGGAGAGAAAGUGUCUGUUACAAUUCAAUUGUUGAAGAGCAAGUGAUAUAAAUGGGCAUUUUGACAAUCUAAUUAGAUUGGCAGUUUGAUUGUUCAACAAUUACUAAUGUUUGAAUUGUUAUAUUUUUACGGUUUACAGGUUUGUGCCAAAUUUUCCAUGGUUUUAUUGCAUUUGAAGUUUUAUCCCCCCCCCCCUCCCUUGAAAAAUAGGGGCAUACUGUUUUGCAUCUGUUGGUCUGUCUGUAGACCAAGUUUUGUCUGCUCAAUAUCUAAAAAAACCUUUGCUUGAAAGUUACCAGACUUGGUACAUUGGUUGCCCGUAGAGAGUCAUAUUAACCAUAGGCAAUUACAUUUACUAUUAAAGAGUAGUAAAUUCGAACCCAAGUGAUAUAAUUGCCUAUGGUAGGCCUAUUUUAAAACAGACAUCAACCCUCCACCAAGAAGCAGAUGACCUUAUGGAUUUUGAGGCCAGAAGGUCAAACUGGAUAUAUAGUAAAUAUUGUCUGAUCUUGAAAAUCAUGUUUGACAGAUAUCAAACUUGGUACACUGGUACAUCCUAAUGAUUAGAUGACCUCUAUUGAUUUUUAGGUCACAAGGUCAAGGGUCAAACUGGACAUAGUAAGAUAUUGUUUGCGCAAUAUCUUGAAAACUCUUUGGUUGACAGACAUUAAACUUGGAACACUGAUUCUACCUAAGCAGUUGAUGACCCCUAUUGUUUUUGAGGUCACAAGGUCAAAGGCCACGAGUGAAAUUACUCUAGACACAAUAAGAUAUUGUCUGCUCAAUAUCCUGAGAACCUUUUGCUUGACAAUCAUCAAACUUGGUACACUGGUUCAUCCCAAGGAGUAGAUGACCCCUAUUGAUUUUAAGGUCAAAAUACUCUUGACAUAAGAAAAUAUUUUCCACUUAAUAUCUUUGAUGAUAGUGAGUGAGACAUCAAACUUGGUUCACUGGUACCCCCAAAAAGAGCAGAUGACCCUCAAUGGUUUUCAAGUACCACAGGCAUCUUCGCAGGCCAAGUGUCCAAUUCACUUACUCUCAUCUCACAAGGUCAAAGGUCAUAACUUAAACGAAUGAUUAUUUGGAAAUGUCUGUUCUGUAUCUUGAGAUAUUGUGGUUGCCUCUGAAUGGUAGAUGAUCCUUAUUUUUCUCUAUAUUACUGCAGACAUUCUAUUUAAUGUUGAUCCUUUUCAAUAUUGCCACAUGGGCAUGGGCAUAUUUAUUGAAAUUGGCCAAAAUUACUAUUUGGUUGUAUUGUUUGUUGAAAUGUUGUUAUAUUUCUUGUUUAUUGAAGUUUUAAUUGUUAUCGUUAUAUUUUUACAGUUUACCAGUACCUUAAUUUUUAAUGGUUUUCAAUGAUACUAGUAAACUGGUAACCCUGAAUAUUUUGCUGGUUGUUUUUCUUGACCACUUUUCUUCAUUAUAGUUUAUAAUUGGAGAGUAUUUUCUGGUGUAGCAUUUUCUCACUUUUUUUUUUGGUGUUACAUUGUUUUGUUUUGUAAAACAUAUACCUUUCAUUAUAAAAACAUUGCCAUUUAUAUGUGUAUACACCCGUUGCGUGACAACUUUGUAUAUAUAUGUGACAUUUACAGGCAUGUAGGGUGCUGUCCAAUCUCUUGCUGUAUUGAAUAAAAUAUUUAUAAUCCUA